CCCAUCAUACCCGAUAGAGCAUGCAGUACCGCACCAUGACCACGCCAAGCUUGCAGUUCCUUUCCCAGCAGCAGCUGCUGCUACUGCUGCCAGCCGUAAUCCUACUAGUAGUUGCCGCCGUGGCUGAUGCUCAAGGGCAGCUUCCGGGUUGCGGCCACAAGUGCGGCAAUAUCGACAUCCCCUUCCCGUUUGGCAUCGGCAUCGGCCCUGGCUGCUUCGGCGACGGGUUCGAGGUCCUGUGCAACGACUCCUACCACACCCCUCGCGCCUUCCUUCGGGGCACGAACGGCUCUUACUUCCCAUCGCCGUACGAACUGCUGAGCAUAGCAGUCGAGAAGGGCGAGGCACGAGUGCUAGCCCCGAUCGCGUCUCGGUGCAACACAGAUAUCAACGUGUCCUCCGCGGGCAUGUAUAUGGAUCUAGUUGUCACGCCGUUCACCGUGUCGGUGAGUAAUGUGCUCAUCGGCGUCGGUGCUACUGCCGUGACUAUGAUGCAGUACACUGUGCCUGCUGAGCGCAUCUUCUCUUGCCUUGCAUAUGAUUUCGGGUCAGUCCGUGAAGAAGGGGGCAACGGGAACUGCACGGCAGGCUGCUGCGAGUUCAGCCCUUCCACCCUCACCAAGGAUGUGCGAUUGUCUGUCAGAUAUAUUGCUGAAGAUCAGACCAACAUGAUGUGGUCAACCUUCCCGUGCGCUUAUGGCAUGCUGGUGGAGAAGUCAUGGUACGAGUACUAUAGGCGGGACAUGUUCAGGUACACGCUGCUCAACAGAACCACCCAGGGCGUCCCCCUCACGCUCAAUUUUGCCGCUGGGAAGGGUUCGUGUCUGGCGAAAGGACAAGUGCCUCCUCCGGAAUACGCCUGCAUCAGUGGCAACAGCUCUUGUGCCAACGCAACAUAUUCAGAUACUCCUGGCUAUAUGUGCAAGUGCCUGGACGGUUACGCGGGCAACCCUUACGUCGCUAACGGAUGCCAAGACAUCGUUGAAUGCGAGCAACCCGAAGUGUAUCCAUGCUCAAAUGAGGGGACCUGCAAAAACAAGCUGGGAGGCUACGACUGUCCAUGCAAAUUCGGAAUGAAAGGCGACGGCAAAACAGGAACCUGCACACCUGUAUUCACUCCAGCAGCAAAGGCGACAGUGGGUGCAAUAGCGGGUGUUCUUCUUCUGGUGAUUAUAUCGUUUCUUGUUAUUCUUCGCAAGGAGAAAAAGAAGGCGAAAGAAUUUUACAGGAAGAACGGUGGCCCUACAUUAGAGAAGGCAAAUGUGAUUAAACUUUUCAGAAAGGAUGAGCUCAAGCCAAUUUUGAAGAAGAGCAACUUAAUUGGAAAAGGUUGCUUUGGUGAAGUUUACAAGGGCAUUCUUGACAAUAAACUAGUUGCAGUAAAGAAGCCGAUUAAUGGUUCUGUGCUAGAGAGUGACCAAUUUGCAAAUGAAGUCAUCAUCCAAUCUCAGGUCAUCCACAAGAACAUUGUUAGACUCAUUGGUUGUUGCCUUGAAGUCGAUGCCCCCAUGCUUGUCUAUGAGUUUAUCUCGCAAGGUAGCCUCCAUGACAUUCUUCACAAUAGCAAUAACAAGGUGGCUUUCAACUUGGAUGCACGUCUAAGUAUUGCUACACAUUCAGCCGAUGGUCUAGCUUAUAUGCACUCAAAAACAAAUAAUAGAAUUCUACACGGUGAUGUCAAACCAGCUAAUAUACUUUUGGAUGAUAACUUCAUACCCAAGAUUUCAGACUUCGGCAUAUCUAGGCUAAUUGCAAGUGACAAGGAACACAGUGCAUCAAUCAUUGGCGACAUGAAUUAUAUGGAUCCGGUGUAUCUACAAGAAGGCUUACUCACUGAAAAAAGUGAUGUCUACAGUUUUGGAGUAGUGAUCCUGGAACUUAUUAGCAGGGAGAGGGCAAUCCAUUCUGAUAAUAAUAAGCUGGUAAAGAAUUUCCUUGAAGCCCACAUGAAAUAGAAGAAAGCAACUGAGUUUUUCGACAAGGAAAUUGCAAUAACAAAAGAUUUGGAGAUCCUUGAAAGUUUAGCAAGUAUGGCUGUGGAAUGCCUUAGCCUUGACGUGGAUCAAAGGCCAACGAUGAUGGAGGUAGCUGAGCGGCUACUCAUACUAAGCCAAUCUUGUAAGUUGUAAGAUGUUUGUCACUAAGUUAUUUUUUGAAUAAUAGGCAGCGGAGGUCUCCUACAAUAUUAGUAACCGUGUCUCCAUCUGUAAC